GCUGCUGCCCUGCGGAUGCGGUGGAGCGGCAGCGACAGAAGCUUCCACUCACACCACCGCGACCCACACGACGGCGGCGGCGGCGGCUGUGGACGCCCGGAGAGGGGACAAUGUCAGAAGAACCACCUCCUCCGUACCCAGGGGGGCCUUCUGCUCCACUGCUUGAAGAGAAGGGAGGACAAUCUGCACAAACAGAUUUGUUUAGUUUCUGCAGGGUAUAUGUUGCCUCCUACUGCUCCUCCUGCCACCAUUCAACCUCAAGGAUAUUUUAUCCCACCAGAGGUUGGACCACCUCCGUAUGAGCUAACGCCACAACCAGGAUUUAUACCACUUCAUACACCUGCAGAAGGUGGUAUGCCAAUGCCACCACAUGGUUACUACCCAGCUGCAGGGCAUUACCCACCUCCGGGUCACUUUGUACCCCCAGGUCCCUAUGCGCCCGCUCCUGGGCACUAUCCCCCUCUCAGUGGACAAACAGCAACUGUUAUAGUUCCCCCUGGUGCAGCAACAACAGUGACCGUACUGCAGGGGGAGAUGUUUCAAGCUGCACCUGUGCAGACUGUGUGCCCUCAUUGCCAGCAGGCCAUCACAACCAAGAUCACUUAUGAACUAGGCUUGCUCAAUACUUUAUUCUGUCUCUUCUGCUGUUUUAUGGGGUGCGAUUUGGGCUGCUGCUUAAUCCCAUGCUUGAUAGAUGACCUGAAGGAUGUAAUGCAUACUUGUCCAAACUGUAAAGCCUACAUAUAUACAUACAAGCGUGUGUGUUAACAUCGACCCUUACAAUGAUGUUAACUUUUUUGUUUCAAUUUACACACAUAGUGAUGCAGCAUUGUCUCGUGCUGUUUAACAAACUGUGAAUGCCUUAUCUGCAGAAUAUAUAUAUUGAACUAUUAAUGUAUUAACAAUGAAGUUUAGAUCUCCCAACUGAAAAUCCAAAACACAAUAUUUAAUUCCACUUAAAGUAGUGAAAUUGCCAGUGAAACAAACUUAUGGCUAAUACCUUUUUGAAAACUAUAUUCAGUGUGGAAUCAUGAGUCAGUUGCAUAUUGAUGUGGAUUAUUGUGCCGAGUAGUGUGAAAAUGAAGGAUAAAUAAUUAGUUUAGGGUAUCAAAAGUCAGCCUUCCGUCCCAAAAUAUUGCCUGUUGCAGCAAUAUGUUUGUGAUGUUUAUAUUUAAUAUGUAGUUUAAUAUAAAUCUAUUAAUGUGCUCUAUAGAUAAUACAGGAAUUCGAGUGCAUUCUUUAAACCCCAGGGAAAAUAGUUUUGGCGUCUGGCACGUGUUACUGCUUAAUGGGAGCACAUGCAUGGGUGUGUUUUAUAAUAUGACAUGCAUUCUUGUCAUUGAAUACUUGCAAUUGGUAUGUGUUUUUUUUUCUUGGUUCAAAAAUCCAUCCCGAUACAGGUCUGAGACUGAAUUUCUGAACAGCUGUUAGUUGCCGGAAAGGAACUAAGGUUAAAAUGAAGGUUGAUGUUAGAAACAGUAUUUUAAAGAGAUGAAGGUUUUAAUCUGCUAAAAUAUGAACUUGGCACAUUUUAUUGCUGCCUUUCUAAUUUAGUUUAAAACUAAACAUUAAAGGUUCUGAGCCAUGACAAAUGUGUUAUCAUGAUUAUAGUGAACUCGUGUCAGUCUAAAUCAUUUUAAUGGAACUUUAACAGAGGAUAUUUUUUUAAAAAUAACAUCACCUGUAAGCUUUAAGUCCAAACAUGUAGCUUAGAUUUUGUGGAUCCAAACAAGGUUUUUUUUCCCCAGUUUGAGGAAUAUUGUCUGUUAAUGAUUACUGUCAGGGUCUCCUGAAAUGUUCUUUAUAGUAGUGUUUUGAAAUAUUGUACAGUGCAGAAAUAUUGGAUAUAUUCAGAAUUUAAAUGUGGUAAAAUAACUGUGCAGCUUGCAAGUAUUGCCUUUGCUAAGACUCUGCUGCACAUAUAAACUUGCACUUUGCUUUAGUGUUUCUACUGUACAAUUUGCAUUAUGAACUUGGGGAAUUAUAACAAAUACUCCUCUGAAAAUAUAUUACUGGAAUACAAAAGUAAUAGAAAAUACACUUAUUUUUCAGAGUGCAGAAGGGGUGUGCAUGUGGCUGACCUUUUUCUGCCUAUCAUGUUGUAGCUUAAUGCAUUUAACCAACUCAACACUUGGGUUGAUGAGAAGUGGCAAUUAUUGCUUAUUGGGAAACAUUUCAGUACUUUGAAAUAUUAAUAUUUCAACUUUUUUGCUUUAAACUGAGCUUUUCCGAUACCGCCACACAAUCAUGGGUGGAUCAAACUUGCCUAGAUUUAAGUUCAGAAGUAGUUUCUUACUAUCAUUAAUUGGGAAUCAUUGGAAGGAUAUCAGUAGGUUACUUGCAUGCAUAUGGACACAAAGGGCUGGAGUAACUCAGCAGCUCAGGCAGCAUCUCUGAAGAACGAGGAUAGGAGAUGUUUCAGAUUGGGACCUUCAGACUAAUUAUGGUGGGGGGGGGGGGGGGGGGAGAAGAAAGCGAGAAGAGGGAAGAGGCAGGACAAAAUGUGGCAGCUAAUAGGUGGCUUUUGGUAGGCAGUUGGUUGGAACACAGGCCAAAGAUAAAAGCAGAUGGCGUUGAUGAAUUGCAAAUUAUGAACCUAUGGGAGGGGAGAAACAGGUGGGAGUCGGGGAGGGGGUGAAUAUAAAG